AUGUCUUUCCCGGCACGGUUCUCUUUUACAAGGCAGCAACUAUUCAGCACUUACUUCUUGUUGCAAGGCAGCAAGGCAUGCUCCAAAGGUCAAAAGAACAAGAAGCUCCAGGCCCGUUUCAGCACCUACGAUGACCUUGGCCCUCGAACGUGGUACCCAGAGUGUAACGACGAGGGGUGGUAUGCCUGCCCCCAUCAGGAGUAUGAAGAAGUGAGAGGUUACUCUAGCGGAACCGAUGAUGAGUGGGCAUAUAUCAGGUCCGGGCCUCCACCCAAGCCUCAGUCCAAGACUUAG